AUGUCGAUGGUCGCGCACAGCAAUUUCGCUGCGGGCUCGGCCGGCAUUUCUCGCAUCCGUCAGCGCCGCAACCUCAACGCACACGUCAGAAUGCUGGAGCGCGUCCUCGCGUACGAGAGAGCCGCGCUCGAGACGGCAGAAUUGGCUCUUGAAGGCGCGGAGGAAGAAGCGAGUGAGCUGGCUUGCCUGGCGGGGGACCACGAGGAAAGCCGGGAUUGCGCUCUUGCACGUCUCCACGCUUCCGAGGCGAGCCUGAAAGCUGCGAACGAGAAGAAGCGGCAAGCGCUUCUAGACAAGGAGAAGCUCUGCCACGAGAACGAGCAGCUCGAGGCGCAGCUGAAGCGCAUGCAGGGACGCGCCGACGAGUGGAUGCUUGAGUUCUCCAAGUCGCAGCAAGAGGCCGACCUGAUCUGGGCCGGCAAAGAGCAAGCCUGGCUGCGCCUCGAAGACGCUGAACUCAAGCUCGAGGCCGCUGAGACGCAGAACGAGGAGCAUGUCGCUCAGGCGAAGGAGCUGCUCCGCAAUACACAGAGGCUGGAGGAGGACGUGGGCAGCAUGCGCCGCCGUGCCGAAGCCGCCGAGCGCGCCCUCAACCAGAGUAGGCACGCCAGCAGUGAGGGCUCGCCUCCCACCGAGCUUGCGCUGGACACGACGAUGCGUGGUGCUACGCACGGCGUGACAGCAGCGAUGCUCGCCGAAGUGCACGACGACCUGGUGCUGGAAGCGACAAAGGUCUACGGCCCGCAGACCCAGAUGAGCGAAGUCGCCGAGGACCGCCAGCACGACGUCGCAGAACAGCCGUCGCGCCGCAUCGCGGGUCUGCCGUACUCAUCGGAACGCGGCUGCCAGGAUGCUGCAGUGCGCUCUCGGUCCUCCUUCGCGCUCAAGAGUCCGCCGCUGGCGCCUCUGAAGGCUGCGUCUCCCUUUGCGCUGGGUAAGCGUGCUCGCGACACGUACAGCAUUCCCGAGCCGGACGAUGAGCACGACGAGCUCGACGGCGAAGCACGUCUGCCACCAGGUCAGAGCGACCCCGCUGACGAGGGCGGUCAAGGCCGCGCGCAUGUCAGCAAGAAGCGCCACACGUAGUCGUCUCUUUCGCUGCGAACGACAGCCGCGCCAUCACCGUCACCAGAACCGUCUCCUCCAGCUCUGCACCUUUCAC